GACAGCCCAACUUGGACGCCAGGUCCGGCCGACGCCGCCAUGAGCGCCGCGCUUUUCAGCCUGGACAGCCCGGUGCGCGGCACACCCUGGCCCACAGAACCCGCGGCCUUCUACGAGCCAGGCAGGGUGGACAAGCCCGGCCGAGGGCCCGAGCCAGGGGAUCUGGGGGAGCUGGGCUCCACGACUCCUGCCAUGUACGACGACGAGAGCGCCAUCGACUUCAGCGCCUACAUUGACUCCAUGGCCGCCGUGCCCACCCUAGAGCUGUGCCACGACGAACUCUUCGCCGACCUCUUCAACAGCAACCACAAAGCGGCCGGCGCGGGCGGCCUGGAGCUGCUGCAGGGCGGCCCUACGCGACCCCCGGGUGUGGGGUCUGUCGCUAGGGGGCCGCUCAAGCGCGAACCCGACUGGGGCGACGGCGACGCGCCGGGCUCCCUGCUGCCGGCGCAAGUGGCGGUGUGCGCGCAGACAGUGGUGAGCUUGGCGGCCGCGGCUCAGCCCACUCCACCCACUUCGCCGGAGCCUCCUCGAGGCAGCCCGGGGCCGAGCCUCGCGCCCGGCACAGUCCGAGAAAAGGGCGCGGGCAAGAGGGGUCCGGACCGCGGCAGCCCGGAGUACCGGCAGCGGCGCGAGCGCAACAACAUCGCUGUGCGCAAGAGCCGCGACAAGGCCAAGCGCCGCAACCAGGAGAUGCAGCAGAAGCUGGUGGAGUUGUCGGCCGAGAACGAGAAGCUGCAUCAGCGCGUGGAGCAGCUCACCCGGGACCUGGCUGGCCUCCGGCAGUUCUUCAAAAAACUGCCCAGCCCGCCUUUCCUGCCGCCCACCGGCGCCGACUGCCGGUAACGCGCGGCGUGGGCCUUUGAGACUCUGAACGACCUAUACCUCAGACCCCGACAGCGGGGAGCAGACGCCGCCCGAAUCGCUAGUUUCUUUGGGACCUGCGAGCGACAGGAAGCUGCAGCUUGGGCACUGGACUGCGAGAGAAGCUAUAUUAAUCUUUCCCCUUAAAUUAUUUUUUAUAAUGGUAGCAUUUUCUACGUCUUAUUACCAUUGCAGCUAAGGUACAUUUGUAGAAAAGACAUUUCCGACAGACUUUUGUAGAUAAGAGGAAGAGACUGCGCAUGCUUUUUAUAUUCAUUUUUACAGUAUUUGUAAGAAUAAAGAAGCAUUUAAAUCGCUGCAGCUUCCUAUGUUCAUUCUCUCCCGCACACAACAUACUGAGACUUCACCAGGGAAAAGCAAGCACCUGGGAGCCACCCGACCAGGUGCGUUGCCCACACGGGGUAAGGAGAUGGACGCGUUUCCUCGCGGUCUCUAUUGCCCGCGGAAGGAACACGGGAAAGCAUGACUAAUUCAUGUGUGUGAUCCCAGAGUAGGCUGACCUGGGGCGGAGAACAGUUGGCCUAACUUUUAGGUGGUUGCCGAAGGGUGAGGGGGUGGAAGAGAGCUGGGAGUCUGAAACUUGAUUCCUCGUUGCCUCUACUUUCCUCAAUCUAGGGACAACGUGUAGAUUUAAAAAUGUGUACCAGUACAAAUUAAUAUCCUAGUAUAUAAAAAGGGCAGCCCCAAAAGCCAGUAAUUGUAAUGUUUGCGGGCUUAACCCCCCCCCCCCCCAAAGCUAUGUGCCUUUCUACUAAGAUACUGGUUGUUCCAACCCCUUCCCUGAUCUGCACGGCCUGUUGUACAGAAAACACAAACCCUCCAGGGUCUAAAUACAUAGCUUUGUUUGUAAUUCAAAUCCCUGCCCAAAGUGCAGGCUUGUGGACUGCUGUGAGUCUGUGAUCUUUGCCCUCUGCAGUUCUUCAGGGUCUCUGACAGGUGGGCAGUGGAGUAAGGUACAGAAAUUUCUCUUUUAUACAGCUCUCCUCACACCCAACAUUGUAUGGGUGACAGUGCCACCUCUGGCAGCUCCCAGAACACUAAAACCACAAAGUGUUUAGGUUGGACAUUUAUUUAUUGUAACAGAACAGUAAUAUUUCAAUAUGAGAUACUGGCUGAAGCUUUACAGAACAAUCUAGCAGAGAAUAUUAGAUACUGCAAAGAAAAAACAUAUAUAAUAUUGAUAAAUUGUAACUACUUUAAAGCUACAACAAAGCACAUUUCCUAAGCCCAAGUAGCUGCAAAAUGAAGACACAGAAGACAUGAGAAACACUCAAAGAAACAUGUUAUCAAACUUGUAGGAAGGUAAAGUUUAAAAAAAUGUGUAUUAGAGGUAUCUUGAUUUUUAAUUUAAAACUAUCCUAUUAAUCUCUUUACC